AUGGCAGAGGGUGCCAUCAAGUCCGGGGCAUCAUCAAGGCCGGGGAUGCCAUCAAGGCCGGGGAUGCUAUCAAGGCCAGGGGUGCCAUCAAGGCCUGAGAUGCCAUCAAGGCCAGGGGUGCCAUCACGGCUGGGGCAUCAUCAAGACCGGGGUUGCCAUCCAUGCCAGGGGUGCCAUCAAGGCCGGGGAUGCCAUCAAGGCAAGGGUGCCAUCAAGGCCGGGGAUGCCAUCAAGGCCGGAGAUGCCAUCAAGGCCAGGGGUGCCAUCACGGCUGGGGCAUCAUCAAGGCCGGGGUUGCCAUCAAGGCCAGGGGUGCCAUCAAGGUCGGGGCAUCAUCAAGGCCGGGAGUGCCAUCAAGUCCGGGGCAUCAUCAAGGCCGGGGAUGCCAUCAAGGCUAGGGGUGCCAUCAAGGCCGGGGAUGCCAUCAAGGCCAGGGAUGCCAUCAAGGCCGGGGCAUCAUCAAGGCCGGGAGUGCCAUCAUGUCCGGUGCAUCAUCAAGGCCGGGGAUGCCAUCAAGGCCAGGGGUGCCAUCACGGCUGGGGCAUCAUCAAGGCCGGGGUUGCCAUCAAGGCCGGAGAUGCCAUCAAGGCCAGGGGUGCCAUCACGGCUGGGGCAUCAUCAAGGCCGGGGUUGCCAUCAAGGCCAGGGGUGCCAUCAAGGCCUGGGCAUCAUCAAGGCCGGGAGUGCCAUCAAGGCCGGGGAUGCCAUCAAGGCCGGGGAUGCCAUCAAGGCCAGGGGUGCCAUCAAGGCCGGGGAUGCCAUCAAGGCCAGGGAUGCCAUCAAGGCCGGGGAUGCCAUCAAGGCCGGAGAUGCCAUCAAGGCCAGGGGUGCCAUCACGGCUGGGGCAUCAUCAAGGCCGGGGUUGCCAUCAAGGCCAGGGGCAUCAUCAAGGCUGGGGUUGCCAUCAAGGCCAGGGGUGCCAUCAAGGCCGGGGCAUCAUCAAGGCCGGGAAAGACCUAUCUAUCUAUCUAUCUAUCUAUCUAUCUAUCUAUCUAUCUAUCUAUCUAUCUAUCUAUCUUUUCUCCAUCAAGACAUUCAUUUCUGUAG